AUGCUUUAUUCUUUCUUUCUUUCUUCUUCUUCUUCUUGUCUGUGCUGUUCACUCUUCAGGUCUCCUCCUCCUCCUUCUUCUUGUACUCCUCAUGAUUCUUCUUCUUCUCCUCCUCCUCCUCCCCCUCCUCAUCCUUCUUCUUCUUCUUCUUCUUCUUCUCAUCUAGAAUACAUAGGUGGAUGUGCCUUUUCUUUCUUUUCUUCCACCCUUCUUUUUUCCUUCUUUCUUUCUUUCUUUCUUUCUUUCUUUCUUUUCGUCAGCUUUUCUUUCUUUUCUUCCACCCUUCUUUUUUCCUUCUUUCUUUCUUUCUUUCUUUUCGUCAGCUUUUCUUUCUUUUCUUCCACCCUUCUUUUUUCUUUAUUUCUUUCUUUCUUUCUUUCUUUUCUUUCUUUUCUUCCACCCUUCUUUCUUUCUUUCUUUCAUUCUUUCUUUCAUUCUUUCUUUCUUUCUCCAAAAGUCGGUCAUUCUUUUUUCGCUUUUUAUACAUAUUAUUAUUCACUUUCUUAUUCAAAUUCUUUCAAUAUUCUUCCUUCCUUCUUUCUUUCUUUCUUUCAAUCUUCUCAACCUUCCUUCCUUCUUUCCUUCCUUCCUUUUUUCUUUCUUUCUUUCCAUCCUCUCUACCUUCCUGCUUUCUUUUUUAAUUUUCUUCCUCCUUUUUCUUUCUUUAAAUCUUCUCUGCCUACCUUUUUCUUUCCCUCCUCUCUUUCUUUUUUCCUUUUUUCUUCUUUUCUUUUUUUCUUUUAUUCCAUCCUAUCUACCUUCCUUCUUUUCUUUUCUUUCUUUCUUUCAUAUUUUUCUCUCUGUGUCUCUCUUUCUUUCUUUCUUUCUUUCUUUCUUUCUUUCUUUCUUUUCCUCCAACCUCCCUACCUUCUUUCCUUCUUUCUUAUCGUCCUUCCUACUUUCUUUCCUUCUCUUUUUCUUUCUUUUCUUUCGUCCUUCUUAUUUCUUUCCUUCAGUCUUCCUUCUUUCCUUUCUCCUUCCUUCUUCGUUUCUUUUUUCAUCCUGCCUUUCUUUCUUCUUUCUUUCCGUCUGCUUUACCUUCUUUCCUUAUUCAUUUCCUUCUUUUUUCCUUUCCAUCCUCUCAACCUUUCUUCUCGUAUUUUCUACGUUACUUUUUCCUCCCUUCUUUCGAUCCUUCCAUCCCCUCUGCCUUCUUUCGUUCCUUCUUUACGCACUUUCUUCUUUCCGUAUUUCUUUCCUUUCUUCCUCCUUUCCUUCGUUAUUUCCACCCUCUCUAUCCUUCCUUUUUUACGUGCUCCCUUCUUUCCGUAUUUAUUUCCUUCCUUCCUGCUUUCUUUCUUUCCCUCCUUCUUUCUUUCUUUUCAUCCUUCCUUCAUUCCUUCUUUCUGUAAAUCCUCGCUAUGUUCCUUCAUUCAUUCUUUUACUUUCUUGCCACUGGCAUUAUUUCCUUCCUUACUUCUUUUUUCUUUCUUUCUUUCUUUCUUUUCGUCAGCGUUUCUUUCUUUUCUUCCACCCUUCUUUUUUCCUUCUUUCUUUCUUUCUUUCUUUCUUUCUUUCUUUCUUUCUUUCUUUCUUUCUUUCUUCAUUCUUUCCUUUAUCAUUGCUUCCUUAUUUUUUUCCUUUCUUUUAUUCUUCUUCCUUUCCAUGUUCUUUACUUUCGUUUCUUAUUUACUUCCUACUUUCCUCCCUUCCUUCCUUCUUUCCUUUUUCCUUCCUUCCUUCCUUCCUUCUUUCCUUUUCCCUUCCUUCCUUCCUUCUUUUCGUUCAUUCUCUUGCCUUCCAACAAAAAGUCCAUCUUUUCUUCCAUUUCCGAUUCACUUACUUUCACCAAGCGAAUUAUUUUCAAAACAUGCAGACGAUUUUAGCCUACAUUCCCAUGAAAGACUCCACUUUCUUUCAAGCCAUACGAUUGCCUUCAUUCGACAAAAUCUGGAUACCUUUAAACCAAAUAAAAAAAACAAACAAACAGGGAAAAUCGUGGACGCCAAUACAGGACGCAGAAUCAAUCAAAUUGAUGCCUUUUCAGCCGGGUUUCUUCGUUCAAUAUGCGGUUAUACACGGCAGGACAAAAUCUCUAACCCUGAUCUUUUCAUCAAAUGUGGUGUCGGUGUUGAAAAUCCUUUCUGA